UCCCUGUAGUUGACAUGAGAGAAGAAUCCUGCAGUGCUCCGGCUGCUCGUCGCAUCUCUCCUCUCCUCUCCUCUCGUGUCCUCACAGACCCUUUUUUACAAUUUUCCAGUUGAAAUAGUCUCUCCCCGUCGAUGCACAUCAUUAACGCCAAACCCACAGCUUCUCUAUCGAGCAUCAGUUUGUCUUUAUCUGUGAACCGGAAGACCUUAGAGGAGGAAUCUCAGGUGACAUCUGAGCACACCUGACUGCCUCUCCAUUGAAUGAGGUUAAACACACAUAUAGCAUCUGUUUUCAUGCUAUAACCACUAAAGCUACACAUUCAGACGGGAAACAACUGGACACACAUUCACAUAAAUCUGCAGGCUAACGGUGACGAGCUGGCGCAGGUCGUGGGUUGUCCGUGGAUAAUGCGAGACAGUGGCGGUAGCCUGGCCCAGAACCGCUGGCAGGGAGACCUCGGUCUGACCGCUGUGGGGCAAGACGACACAGGAGGAGGUGGGAUUCCUGGAGACCACCUCAUAGUCCCAGCGUCGGGCCACAGUGUACCCAGCCCCAUGCACCUCAGGCUGGGGCAGAAAGAGAAGGUGUGGACGGGCGAGUAUGUUGAAGAAGAGGAGGACGUGGAGGAUGAGGAGGAUGGGAUGGGUAGGAUGAAGGCUAUAGGUGAUGAGGAAGAAGAAAACAAUCUGGAUGGGGAAGACGAGGUAGAGUUUGAGGGCAAGGGUUGGGAUAACAACGAGGAGGAGGAGGAAGAAGAAGAAGAAGACGACGAGGAGGAUGAGGAGGAAGAAGAUGGAGACGAGGCGGAGGUGGAGUGGGAGAUCCCAGACUUUCCCUCCCAGUCCACGCAGCACCCUCAUUCACAACAACACCAACAUCACGGACCACAGCAGCAGGCAAAUGAAGGCGGUGACGUCCCCGUAGAGGAUGGUGUGUCCCAGGCCGAAGCAGGGGACUUGUUCAGGUCCCACUUCAGCAGGUUCAGGGCUCAGAGGAGGCUCUGGCGCUGGCAGCGUCUGCGAUCCCACAGAGGCCUUGGAUUCCGGCUCACCAAGCACUGGAAGAGCUGGCGCCAGCGGGCGCAGUGGGUGUGCUCCCAAGGGUACCGGUACAGCCGCAGAGGGCAAAGGCACGAUCUGAACGGCAAGCAGAAGAGGAUAAAAAGGUACCAGCGAUCACCAUACGUCGAUGGAGAGGAUGACAGCAACGAUGAGAGGUUCACACAGUCUGAGAGAGAUAAACUGAUAAACGGCUGCUCUCCAGACAAGCAGGAGGACCGAGGGAGGCGGGAAGUGGAGCUGAAACCAGUGGAGCUGGCCCUUACUGAGGAACACAUGAGCUGUGUGACAGGCAUUCUUGAGGAGUCUCUACAGCAGUACGGCAGUUUGAUUCCCAUCCACGUGGACGACAUCGUGGAGAAGCUUCAGGACAUCUUCAGUGAGAGCUUCUCACAGCCACACAGGAAAGCAGUGGUCCAACACCUAAUACAAUCCUUCCAGCGUUCGUCGGGAUCGGCCCUGGCCAAAACAUUCAGAGUCAACUACAAACGCCACGUCCUGACCAUGGAUGACCUGGGCACUCUGUACGGACAGAACUGGCUCAACGACCAGAUCAUGAACAUGUAUGGUGACCUGGUCAUGGACUCUGUGCCAGAGAAGGUUCACUUUUUCAACAGCUUCUUUUAUGAUAAGCUAAGGACAAAAGGCUAUGAUGGAGUCAAACGGUGGACGAAAAAUGUUGACAUCUUUCAGAAGGAUCUGCUGUUGAUCCCCAUCCACCUGGAGGUCCACUGGUCACUGGUCAGCGUUGACAUUCCUCGUCGAGCCAUCACUUACUUUGACUCUCAGAGGACUCUCAACAGACGCUGCCCAAAGCACAUUUUUAAGUAUCUGCAAGCGGAGGCCAUCAAAAAAGACCAACAAGACUUUUUGACGGGAUGGAAAGGCUUUUUCAAAAUGAAUGUGGGUCGUCAAAACAACGACAGCGACUGCGGGGCUUUUGUGCUACAGUACUGCAAGUGUCUGGCGCUAGGGCAGCCAUUCAUCUUUGGCCAACAGGAUAUGCCCCGGCUGAGGAGGCAAAUGUACAAAGAACUCUGUCACUGCAAGCUCACCCUGUGACCCCCCCCCAAGCCCACCAUCUCCACCUGCUCCCACCUUUAACCCUAACAAGAUGGAGGGACACUGAUACGACAAGAAGAGGCCAAGGGGAGCAAACGACUGACUGGAGAAAAAAAAAAAAAAAGAGAAACUUUUCAAAAACUUUUUCUGCCAACAUCCAGAGAAAUGACUUCUUCUAUCGUAGGUGAUGUCAUUGUUUCACUUUUUGUCUCUCUUUGCUUCCCCUCUCUCUCUCUCUUUCUCUCUCCACCCUUUUUGAAAAUUUAAUUUCCAUGUCACGGUUAUUCCUUUGUGGUUGACAGAGGCCAAGACUAGCUUCCGUUUUUGGGAAUGUGCUAAUCUUCCAUCCUAUCGUAGUCCACCUUUUUUUUUUUUUUUUUUUUUUUUUUUCAGUCUGAAUGGGAGCAUGAAGAUAUCUUACAGAUGAAGGGUCGGACCACAGUUAGUCCAACCUCACUACUAUUUUUCACGUUAGAUGCCUGAACAGUAAGUGCAGAGGCAGCGUGGGUGGACGGCAGAAUGAUCUGAACCAGUCUGUGUAAGCUUGUGGUUAAAUAGUACUAGUGGAUGUACAUGCCUUCCAUCCAUCCAGUCCAUUCAAAGGUUGAAACUCUCUCAGCAAGAACAUGAACUACACACUUCCCCCAUGCUACAGUCGACAGUUCUUUCUCUCUAGUCAGCACAUAAUGUUUGCCACUGUGGUGCGACGUGACAUUUCCAAUGUAUAUUUGUUCAACAGUUUCCUACAAGACGUGUAGAUGAAUCUAAAGUGACAGUGGAACUUAAUGUGCUGCCAUAUUGACGUCAGAAAACGCUUCCAGAGUGUGAAGAGCCAUUCUAGUGCUUGUUUUUUUUGUUUUUGUUUAGGGAAAUCAGAAUCCAUGAAACACACCACACAUUGACCCCUCUGCCUCCCAUCACUUGCCCCCUCCCCCCCAAAUAGUACACCUUCACGUGGGAGACUGGAUCCGUGCAUCACCGCCCAAAAACAAGCCAGAACAUGACACAUUGGCCCAAAGAAAAGGGGGUUAUCUUUACAUCGCAUUUAUCUUUUUUCUGUGUUUUAUCUCGUCAGUAAAUGUGUUGAUAUGCUUAUUGCUUUAAAACAAACGGUGUUAAAAAGGAGGACUAACUAAUAACGUGUUAUUUUUUCGAAGUACAAAAAGAGAUCCUCUGGUUAGUAUUUCUUUGAAAGAUUGAGAGCCAUUUUUUGGUGAGGACCACAACAGCUACAGAUCCAGUACGUUCACAGUGGAGUUACAGCACCCUCCUCUUCUUUUUAUAACGAAAGACAAAUUUGUUGAUAGCUGUGUGUUUGUUUUUUUUUCGUUUUUUUUUCCAAACAGGACUUGAUGCAACAGAGUUGACAGUUUUAUAUAUCUUCUACAAUGCAUUAUGGUUGCUGAAAAUAAAAAAUAUGCGGCAAACAA